AUGACAGCAGAGCUCCCAGACAGAAGAAGGCUGAUAAAAUUGAUAUUCUUGAAAAAAGUGGCAACAUUGAACCAAGUUCAGACUCCCGAGUACACAGUUUCAUUUUCCAGCAUUGAAACAUGUCCAUACGGUCACUAUGGGCCAGACUGUAAGCUCAGGUGCCACUGUACCAAUGAAGAGAUGUGUGACCGCUUCCAAGGAUGCCUCUGCUCUCAAGGAUGGCAAGGGCUGCAGUGUGAGAAAGAAGGCAGGCCAAGGAUGACUCCACAGAUAGAGGAUUUGCCAGAUCACAUAGAAGUAAACAGUGGGAAAUUUAACCCCAUCUGCAAGGCCUCUGGCUGGCCACUACCUACUAGUGAAGAAAUGACCCUGGUGAAGCCGGAUGGGACAGUGCUCCAACCAAAUGACUUCAACCAUACAGAUCAUUUCUCAGUGGCCAUAUUCACUGUCAACCGAAUCUUACCUCCUGACUCAGGAGUUUGGGUCUGCAGUGUGAACACAGUGGCUGGGAUGGUGGAAAAGCCUUUCAACAUUUCUGUCAAAGUUCUUCCAGAGCCCCUGCAUGCCCCAAAUGUUAUUGACACUGGACACAACUUUGCUAUCAUCAACAUCAGCUCUGAGCCUUACUUUGGGGAUGGACCGAUCAAAUCCAAGAAGCUUUUCUAUAAACCUGUCAAUCAGGCCUGGAAAUACAUUCAAGUGAUGAAUGAGGUUGUCACACUCAACUACCUGGAGCCUCGGACUGACUACGAGCUGUGUGUACAGCUGGUCCGUCCUGGAGAGGGUGGAGAAGGACAUCCUGGACCUGUGAGAAGAUUCACAACAGCGUCUAUCGGACUCCCUCCUCCAAGAGGUCUCAGUCUCCUACCCAAAAGCCAGACAGCUCUGAAUUUGACUUGGCAACCGAUAUUUACAAGCUCAGAAGAUGAAUUUUAUGUGGAAGUUGAGAGGUGGUCCCAGCAAACAAGAAGUGAUCAGCAGAACAUCAAAGUGCCUGGGAACCUGACUUCCGUGCUGCUGAACAACUUACUCCCCAGGGAGCAGUACAGCGUCCGGGCUAGAGUCAACACCAAGGCCCAGGGGGAGUGGAGUGAAGAACUCAGGGCCUGGACCCUUAGUGACAUUCUCCCUCCUCAACCAGAAAACAUCAAGAUCACCAACAUCACUGAUUACACAGCUCUGGUUUCUUGGACAAUAGUGGAUGGCUAUUCGAUUUCUUCCAUCAUCAUCCGGUAUAAGGUUCAGGGCAAAAAUGAAGACCAGCACAUUGACGUGAAGAUCAAGAAUGCUACCAUCACUCAAUACCAGCUCAAGGGCCUAGAGCCAGAGACUACAUACCAUGUGGAUAUUUUUGCUGAGAACAACAUAGGAUCAAGCAACCCAGCCUUUUCCCAAGAACUUAGGACACUUCCAGCCCCUAAAGACCUUGGAGGGGGAAAGAUGCUACUUAUAGCCAUUCUUGGGUCGGCUGGAAUGACUUGCAUCACCGUGCUGUUGGCGUUUCUGAUUAUGUUGCAACUGAAGAGAGCAAAUGUCCAAAGGAGAAUGGCCCAGGCCUUCCAGAACGUGAGAGAAGAACCAGCUGUUCAGUUCAACUCAGGAACUCUGGCCCUAAACAGGAAGGCCAAAAACAAUCCGGAUCCCACAAUUUAUCCUGUGCUUGACUGGAAUGACAUCAAGUUCCAAGAUGUGAUUGGAGAGGGCAACUUUGGCCAGGUUCUGAAGGCGCGCAUCAAGAAGGAUGGGUUACGGAUGGACGCCGCCAUCAAGAGGAUGAAAGAAUAUGCCUCCAAAGAUGAUCACAGGGACUUUGCAGGAGAACUGGAGGUUCUUUGUAAACUUGGACACCAUCCAAACAUCAUUAAUCUCUUGGGAGCAUGUGAACACAGAGGCUACUUAUACCUGGCUAUUGAGUAUGCCCCACAUGGAAACCUCCUGGACUUUCUGCGUAAGAGCCGAGUGCUAGAGACAGACCCUGCCUUUGCCAUCGCCAACAGCACGGCUUCCACACUGUCCUCCCAGCAGCUUCUUCAUUUUGCUGCAGAUGUGGCCCGGGGGAUGGACUACUUGAGCCAAAAACAGUUUAUCCACAGGGACCUGGCUGCCAGAAACAUUUUAGUUGGCGAAAACUACAUAGCCAAAAUAGCAGAUUUUGGAUUGUCACGAGGUCAAGAAGUGUAUGUGAAAAAGACGAUGGGAAGGCUCCCAGUGCGCUGGAUGGCAAUUGAGUCACUGAACUAUAGUGUCUAUACAACCAACAGUGAUGUAUGGUCCUAUGGUGUAUUGCUCUGGGAGAUCGUUAGCUUAGGAGGCACUCCAUACUGCGGCAUGACAUGUGCAGAACUCUAUGAGAAGCUGCCCCAGGGCUACAGAUUGGAGAAGCCCCUGAACUGUGAUGAUGAGGUGUAUGAUCUAAUGAGACAAUGCUGGAGGGAGAAGCCUUAUGAGAGACCAUCAUUUGCCCAGAUACUGGUGUCCUUAAACAGGAUGCUGGAAGAACGAAAGACAUACGUGAACACCACACUUUAUGAGAAGUUUACCUACGCAGGAAUUGACUGUUCUGCUGAAGAAGCAGCCUAGGGCAGAAUCCUUCCUGCAUGAUUGCCAUUUCUCUUCACUGGCCCGAGCGCGCCUUGACGCCUGUUCUAAGCAAGCAACCCACUGCCAAGAGAUGUGAUAUAGAAGUGUAUAUAUUGUGCUAUGUGUUUGGGACCCUCAUCAUAUAGCUCUCAUGGAUCUGUAGUGUGUUCUGACUCUAAUAUGACUGUAUAUACUGUUUGGAGUAAGAAUGUGCUAGGAUCAGAAUGCCUGCUUGUGGUUUCAUAUAAUAUAUUUUUCUAAAAACAUGGAUUGCCCAGGAAGGUGUGAGUACAAAUACUGUAAUGCAGAACUUGUUGUUGUCUUAGAUGUUUUUGAUAUUUUCCUUCAUAACUGAACGUUAUAAAAGUGUUUUGCUGUUUAUACAUAAGAUACUGUUCAUUAACCAUUCCCUUGACAGCACAGGAAGAAAAGCGAGGGAACUGUACGAAUUGUGUUAGAAUGUGGGUUACUACACAAGAGCAGCAGGGAAGAGGCUCUCUCAAUUCUGCUCCUCACCUACAGAAGACAGUUUGUCCUGUGUUUCUACAGCAUCCAAAUCAUUCCAAAAUGUUAACAUCUAAAAACUUUCUGAGAGAUAUAAAGUCAAAAAACAAAUUGGUGGGACUUACAUUUUGUUUCUCUAGUAAUCUGUUGUAUAUUUUAAGAAGUAAAACUAGGAAUUUAGGAGCAACGUGUGACAUUUGUGACAUGGAGUUACCAUCCCCACAUGUAUCGCACACUGUCAUAUUCCCACAUGUAUCGCACAGUGUAAAAGUUUGUAGUUUUGAUCACUUGUGAAUUUAUUGUUGAUGCGGUAGACACCCACUGCAAUGGUUCCUCCUGUAGGUGAAUAAAUGUCUUGUCUACCCACA